CAUUGCAGACUGCAGUCAGUUCCCCCCGUCCCUCCGCCUCCCCUCCCCCCGCCCGUGGGCUGACCCUGUCUCUCCGUCUCUUUCUCCGCCUCGGUAGAGCCCUGCUGCAGAGCCUCCGGCUGGGAUAGCCGCCCCCCGUGGGGGCGAUGCGGACUGCGCGGGACGGCCAGGGGAGCGCGCGGGGGCCGCAGCAUGCGGGAACCCGCUAAACCCGGUGGCUGCUGAGGCGGCCGAGAUGCUCGUGCGCGCAGCGCGCCCCACCGCAUCCUCGACCUUCUCUGGCUACAGGGACCGUAAGUGGCGACUAUGGGCAGACUGGGCUACUGGACCUUGCUGGUGCUGCCGACCCUUCUGGUCUGGCGCGGUCCGGCGCAGAGCGCGGCGGCGGAGAAGGGUCCCCCGGCGCUGAACAUCGCAGUGCUGCUGGGUCACAGCCACGACGUGACGGAGCGUGAACUGCGAAACCUGUGGGGCCCCGAGCAGGCAGCCGGGCUGCCCCUGGACGUGAACGUGGUGGCGCUGCUGAUGAAUCGCACGGAUCCCAAGAGCCUCAUCACGCACGUGUGUGACCUCAUGUCAGGGGCGCGCAUCCACGGCCUGGUGUUCGGGGACGACACCGACCAGGAGGCAGUGGCCCAGAUGCUGGAUUUUAUCUCCUCACAGACUUUCAUUCCCAUCCUGGGCAUCCACGGGGGCGCAUCUAUGAUCAUGGCUGACAAGGAUCCGACGUCUACCUUCUUCCAAUUUGGAGCGUCCAUCCAGCAGCAAGCCACGGUCAUGCUGAAGAUCAUGCAGGAUUACGACUGGCAUGUCUUCUCCCUGGUGACCACCAUCUUCCCUGGCUACAGGGACUUCAUCAGCUUCAUCAAGACCACGGUGGACAACAGCUUUGUGGGCUGGGACAUGCAGAACGUGAUCACGUUGGACACGUCCUUCGAGGACGCAAAGACGCAAGUCCAGCUGAAGAAGAUCCACUCUUCCGUCAUCUUGCUCUACUGUUCCAAAGACGAGGCGGUUCUCAUCCUGAGCGAGGCCCGCUCCCUCGGCCUCACUGGGUACGAUUUCUUCUGGAUUGUCCCCAGCUUGGUCUCCGGGAACACGGAGCUCAUCCCCAAAGAGUUUCCAUCGGGACUCAUUUCCGUCUCCUACGACGACUGGGACUACAGCCUGGAGGCGAGGGUGCGAGAUGGGCUGGGCAUCCUGACCACGGCCGCGUCUUCCAUGUUGGACAAGUUCUCCUACAUCCCCGAGGCCAAGGCCAGCUGCUACGGGCAGACGGAGAAGCCGGAGGCCCCCCUGCACACGCUGCACCAAUUCAUGGUCAAUGUGACGUGGGAUGGCAAAGACUUGUCCUUCACCGAGGAAGGCUACCAGGUGCAUCCCAGACUCGUGGUCAUCGUGCUGAACAAGGACCGUGAGUGGGAAAAGGUUGGCAAGUGGGAGAACCAGACCUUGAGCCUGAGGCACGCCGUGUGGCCGAGGUACAAGUCCUUCUCCGACUGUGAGCCGGACGACAACCAUCUGAGCAUCGUCACCCUCGAGGAGGCCCCCUUUGUCAUCGUGGAAGACAUUGACCCGCUGACCGAGACGUGUGUGAGGAACACCGUACCGUGCCGGAAGUUUGUCAAGAUCAACAAUUCGACCAAUGAAGGCAUGAACGUUAAAAAAUGCUGCAAGGGGUUCUGCAUCGAUAUCCUCAAGAAGCUUUCCAGAACGGUGAAGUUCACCUAUGACCUUUACCUGGUGACCAACGGGAAGCACGGCAAAAAAGUGAACAACGUGUGGAACGGGAUGAUUGGGGAGGUGGUCUACCAUCGGGCGGUCAUGGCCGUCGGCUCACUCACCAUCAAUGAGGAACGUUCCGAAGUGGUGGAUUUCUCUGUGCCCUUCGUGGAGACAGGAAUCAGCGUCAUGGUUUCCAGAAGUAACGGCACCGUCUCACCUUCUGCUUUUCUAGAACCAUUCAGCGCCUCCGUCUGGGUGAUGAUGUUUGUGAUGCUGCUCAUUGUCUCAGCCAUAGCUGUCUUCGUCUUUGAAUACUUCAGUCCUGUUGGAUACAACAGAAACCUAGCCAAAGGGAAAGCACCCCAUGGGCCUUCUUUUACAAUUGGAAAAGCUAUUUGGCUCCUCUGGGGCCUGGUGUUCAACAACUCCGUGCCUGUCCAGAAUCCUAAAGGGACCACCAGCAAGAUCAUGGUGUCCGUGUGGGCCUUCUUCGCCGUCAUCUUCCUGGCCAGCUACACAGCCAACCUGGCUGCCUUCAUGAUCCAGGAGGAGUUUGUGGACCAAGUGACUGGCCUCAGUGACAAAAAGUUUCAGAGACCUCACGACUAUUCCCCGCCCUUUCGAUUUGGCACGGUGCCCAACGGCAGUACGGAGAGAAACAUCCGGAACAACUACCCCUACAUGCACCAGUACAUGACCAAAUUUAACCAGAAGGGAGUCGAGGACGCCUUGGUUAGCUUGAAAACAGGGAAACUGGACGCUUUCAUCUACGACGCUGCCGUCUUGAAUUACAAGGCUGGGAGGGACGAAGGCUGCAAGCUGGUGACCAUUGGGAGUGGGUACAUCUUUGCUACCACUGGUUACGGGAUCGCCCUCCAGAAGGGUUCGCCGUGGAAGAGGCAGAUUGACCUGGCCCUGCUCCAGUUUGUGGGUGAUGGGGAGAUGGAGGAGCUGGAGACGCUGUGGCUCACGGGGAUCUGCCACAACGAGAAGAACGAGGUGAUGAGCAGCCAGCUGGACAUCGACAACAUGGCGGGCGUGUUCUACAUGCUGGCGGCCGCCAUGGCGCUCAGCCUCAUCACCUUCAUCUGGGAGCAUCUCUUCUACUGGAAGCUGCGCUUCUGCUUCACCGGCGUCUGCUCCGACCGGCCAGGCCUGCUCUUCUCCAUCAGCAGGGGCAUCUACAGCUGCAUUCACGGAGUGCACAUUGAAGAAAAGAAGAAGUCUCCGGACUUCAACCUGACCGGAUCCCAGAGCAACAUGUUAAAACUCCUUCGAUCCGCCAAAAACAUCUCCAACUUGUCCAACAUGAACUCCUCAAGGAUGGAUUCCCCCAAGAGAGCUGCGGACUUCAUCCAACGAGGCUCCCUCAUCAUGGACGUGGUUUCAGAUAAGGGCAACCUGGUCUACUCAGACAACCGGUCCUUCCAGGGGAAAGACAGCAUCUUCGGGGACAACAUGAACGAACUCCAGACCUUCGUGGCCAACAGGCACAAGGAUAACCUCAACAACUAUGUGUUCCAGGGACAGCAUCCUCUGACUCUCAAUGAGUCCAACCCCAAUACAGUGGAGGUGGCCGUCAGUACGGAGUCCAAAGGGAAUUCCAGGCCCCGGCAGCUUUGGAAGAAAUCGAUGGAGUCAAUCCGCCAAGACUCCCUGACCCAGAACCCCAUCUCCCAGAGGGACGAGGGGACCAUGGAGAACAGAACCCACUCCCUGAAGAGUCCUCGGUACCUUCCUGAAGAGGUAGCCCACUCGGAUGUCUCUGAAACGUCGAGCCGGGCUGCGUGCCACCGGGAGCCUGACAACAAUAAGAACCACAAGGCCAAAGACAACUUCAAGAGGUCCAUGGCCUCCAAGUACCCCAAGGACUGCAGCGAGGCGGAGCGCUCCUAUCUGAAGACCAAAACGAGCUCCCCCAGGGACAAGAUCUACACCAUCGAUGGCGAGAAGGAGCCCAGUUUCCACCUCGACCCACCCUCGUUCGCGGAAAGUAUGGCCCUCCCCGAGAACGUGGACUUCCCUGACACCUACCAGGAGCGCAGCGAGAGCUUCCGCAAGGGGGAUUCCACGCUGCCCCUUAACCGGAAUGCCCUGCAUGAGGAGGACGUGGUCCCCAACAAUGAGCCGUACAAACUCUACUCCAAGCACUUCAGCCUGAAAGACAAGAGCUCCCCGCACAGCGAGGGCAGCGAUCGGUACCGCCAGAAUUCCACGCACUGCCGGAGCUGCCUGUCCAACCUGCCCACCUACGCGGGCCACUUCACCGUGCGGUCACCCUUCAAGUGCGACGCCUGCCUGCGGAUGGGGAACCUCUACGACAUCGACGAGGACCAGAUGCUUCAGGAGACGGGGAACCCCGCCGCCCAGGAGGAGGUCUACCAGCAGGACUGGGCCCCGAACAGCGCCCUCCAACUCCAAAAGAAUAAGCUGAGGAUCAGCCGGCAGCACUCCUACGAUAACAUCCUCGACAAACCCAGGGAGGUGGACCCUAGCAGGCCCUCCCGGAGCAUCAGCCUCAAGGACCGCGAACGGCUCCUGGAGGGAAACCUGUACGGGAGUCUCUUUAGCGUCCCCUCCAGCAAACUCGCGGGGAACAAGGGUUCCCUUUUCCCCCAGGGCCUGGAGGUCGGCAAGCGGAGCAAGUCCCUCUUGCCGGACCACACCUCCGAGAACCCUUUCCUCCACUCCUACGGGGAUGACCAACGCUUAGUGAUCGGGAGGUGCCCCUCGGACCCUUACAAACACUCGCUGCCGUCCCAGGCUGCGAACGACGGCUAUCUCCGCUCGUCCUUGAGGUCGACGGCGUCAUACUGUUCCAGGGACAGUAGAGGCCAUAGCGACGUGUAUAUUUCAGAGCAUGUUAUGCCUUAUGCUGCAAAUAAGAAUAAUAUGUACUCUGCCCCCAGGGUUUUAAACUCCUGCAGCAAUAGACGUGUGUACAAGAAAAUGCCUAGUAUCGAAUCUGAUGUUUAAAACCUUCCAUUAAUGUUUAUAUUUAUAGGGAAACAUACCUAAUGGCCAAUGUCCGGACGGGUAAAUGGUGGAUGCCCCAGUAGUGCCCUGACCAGAGGAAGAGGAUUUAGGAAGGUAUUUUUCAGUUGGUUCUUUUGCACAUGGCUCCAAGCCGUAGUCUUCCACUCAAGGAAUCUUAUGAGGUGUGUGCUGAGCACGCCAGAGCCCAGAUAGGUGAGUCCUUAACCAAAAACCAAUCCACACCAGGGCGAGUCUCCUGGAUGUGCCCGCCAGGUAUGUCGCAAUAACGACGCAUCGGAUGCCAGUGGUCAUGUGACGAUUUCCUCUAUUCCAAAUUCCAUUAAGACCAGCCCACCCUGUAAUUUCCUCAUCAGAAAUGCCUCACCGUUUCUCUGAUACAGAAUAAGCAAUAUGGUAAGCGUGUAAACCUGUCACAAAAUAAAACAAGAAUGCAUCCACACUGGAGCAAGACGGAGUGUGCCAGAGAUUAGGAAGUUCGGCUCUCUAAGCGGUUCAGCUUUAUUGUUCUGCCUCCCAUGAUGGCCCCGGCCCAAACCCAGAACUCCAGGCUCCCCCAGAGGAUAGCAAACCCGCGUAUUCGUGGUUCACUGUGCUAGCUUCCUCGUAGUCCAUUUCCAAGACACAUGGAGUGAAAGGCCCAGGAGGACCCUCAGGCAGAGAGUGACAGGAGUCUCUUUGGAUGUCCAUUUGUGUAUUUCACAGACACUGUCUCACCCUUGGCUUCGGUGGUCUUGCUCAGAGCUGCACAGACUCACACGUGUGUCUUCAAUACCAUAAGUGUGGAUCUUCUAUCUAUGACGCAGCAGCCCUUGUAGUUGAUCCCGAAGACUCCUGUGUACGUAAGUUUGCAUUUCCCCCUCCUCUGGUGAUGACUCAGGGUUGUAUAGUAUCUGUUACUCUCCCCCUCCCUCCAGGAACCUUCACUUGUUCAGUGCCCCGAAUCGCCGCGGUGACGUUUAAUUAAGUGUGUGUUGCUGUUCCCAGCAUGGUGAGUGUGGGGGCACGUGCCAGCGGCCAUAUGUGUGCUGUGAUCUCUAAGAAGUAAAAUGCCAUCUGUCUUGCUAAAGGCCAGUGUGGCUGUAGGGCGAUCUUCCUUAACCCGUUCUGAAAUUCUGCCUGACACGUGUUCCCACUCCAACCUCCUUAAAUCAACAGCCUUCAAAACAGGAGAGACACUAUCAAGUAUCUACCCUGAGCAUCCUCCCAAUUGUGGAUAAUCUUUAGUGGGACGAGCGAUUCCUCCCUUCUGAAAUAGUCGCUCUGUUGAAGGCCAACUGCCUCACCAGCACCAACAGAACUCGCAAAAUUCCUGAAGGUAUUUGUCAUUUCCGAGCCACUUCCAUCAUUCCCUUCUCACUUGCCUCAAACCUGUGCAAAAAUGAUAGGAAAUGAUACUCAUUUUUAUCCAUUGUGGGGCAAGGCUGGGGAAUCUUGACCCACGAAAAGAUCUCAUCACACCACCCUGUGCAUUCAGUAUGAAUGCAAAUCAUACUGCAAAUGACAAGCAAGUUGUUAUAUUACGACACUUCACCAAAACAAUUUUCUAGUUUAAAAAUUAAACACGAUAAAAACCACAAACAACAUUCAUUACAUAUUUUAUACAGUUCAAAUCUAGUAAUUAGCGUGUUUUAAAUACAUGAAUGUCCCUGAGAUGUUUGGGCUAAGUAGCCACCUGAUUUGCAUAGUCCCUGGAUCUGUGUUGGUGUCCUGUUACAGAAGCCCUAGGCUAAUGCAAACUAGCUGUACCAUUCCCUGGUUUCCUCCUGCAUUUUGCCCUGGGCUCUUGGAGGAGGGGGCAGAAUGACAGCUUGAAAAGUUAACCCGUGUCUUAGAAUCCGGCUGUGUUCUGUCUUGUAGGCAGUGAUUUCCUGUGAGUGGGCAGGUGCCGGGAAUAAUUCUCUUAGAGCUUGAGGAUUCAUUGAAUGGCUCCAUCUUUGAGAUAGGACACCUGAUCUACCAUAUUCCUAUAAUGAUGAAAAGUGGUUGCUGAGAAGUUCAGGGUCCGUGGGAGAAAGGCAGAGGGAGCCAUUGAAAGUCUUUGAGAUGGACAGGCAGAAGGGGCUGAUAAGGUACCAAAGAUUAAUGCACUUGAAUGUUGCAUUUUAUUGUUUGGAUGUUGCAACUUUGCUUCUCCAGUGAGGGAGAAGCCUAGAUUAAAGAACUCGGAAUAGCCCCCCAGUCUCUACUCUAACGCACACCUAUGAUCGUAUCAUCUUUUACCAUGUUCUGCCUUUGCCCUUCCGCUGCUUUUCAGACCUGUACACCCCAGCCAGGAUCACUUCCAUUUCCUCACAAGAGUAUCAUGUCUUGACACAAAAUGAAUUGACGUCUUCCCAGAAGAUAGCUGUGGUAUAUCACCAAUCUAAAGAGGCUAUCUGUCUUUCUCCAGUGUCUCCUCAAAACCAAGAAGCUGCCAAAGGUGGCAGAGAUCUCCAGGGAGAGUAAGAAUUACACUUGGAAUGACCCCAUAGAUCAAAAAGCCUUCUUCUAAUAACAACAUUAGUUCUGCUGUUAACCCCAUACCUCUCUGGGUAUAGAAACUAAAUAUAUGGCUUUGGGAAGAAUCGACAGCAAUGUAGCCAAAAAAAGAGAAAAAGUAUACCCUUCCUCUAAUAGCGAAAGGGUUUUUUAAAAAAGAAAUAGCUAGAAUUGGAUGCUAUGUAGUAAAUACAUCAUUUCCUUCCUCCAUAGAUUCACUGACACCUAAUAGUGAUGAUCCCAAACAUAAGACAACCGACCAUUGAUUGAUGGUCAUUUUCCAACUGAAAGAUAGUGAUGUCAGGCUAUUAGAAGGCCAGCCAAGUCUUUCAGUUCUUUGGGGAAAGAGUAGCAGGAGUAUAACAUCCAGAGGUAAAUCACACCUUCAGGACAGGAGGUGAUAAGAAUUACAGGGGAUGCCCUGAACUAUGGGUCCAUUACAGAAGAUUCCUCAGACACAUCUCAGCUCUGAGUCCUUAGAUUUGUUGAUGCCGAGGAUCCAGGAUCUCUGACCUCAAAGGUGUGCCUGAGUUUCCUCUGACUCAAAGUCGGAGCCGGUGUCCGUCGUGAUGCUACAUUAACUCUUAAUGGAUUUCUCCACUUGAGAAAGGACCCAGAUAGGUUAUAGUGCACACGUGCAACCAACUUAAAAUGUUCUGUGUAAGAGGAGAGUCUUCUGGGAUGCAGGGUCUACUCUGGGCAACCUUUGGGUUUCUGGAAAAUUGUUUCCAUUAUCCUUACAUCUGCAGGUUCCUAGGCCAUCCCAGGUUUUAGUGCUCUGUAUGGCGAGAUGUCAGUGGGUCUGCUUUUUUGCCAGUGAGGCUUCCACGAGAGGCGUGGGAUUACAAUCGUCCUACUCAUUACACUUGUGUCCUUUGCAAAUCGCAUUGCAUUCUUUUAGCCGGCACUGUCUCGUGGACUGUACCUGGUUUUCUCUUCCCUGUUUCGUUAAGGUGCCUGAGAAGUGUUCGUACUUAGGUUUUCCGACAAAAGCACUAACAUUCAUCCUUUGCAGCAAACUCAGUCAAAUCAAUUCACACUUAUUUUCAGGGGAGAAAAAAUAAAAUUACACCUUGUUUACAAAUGAAAUAGUUUCACUUAAAUGGGACUCCAGCCAAGGCAGUUAAUUAGUCAAAGGACUCACGGCAGCCGUGCGUUCAUACAUUGUUUAUUCUAUUUGAUAUGUCUACCCCUGAUGUGUAUUUAAUAUUCUGCAUCUUUCUCAGGAAAUGACAAAUGCCCCAAAUUCUUUGCAAAUGGAAUUGCUAAUGAAAAAUAAAAGAAAAAGUUGGUGUUAAUUAAAUGGUGAUUAAAAAUUUAUCUCCUUUAAACCUAAAAAAGUCUAGCCUUAAUAAUCAGUUGUCAUAUAAAUCAAUACCUUGCACUGAAAUCCUUUGCGGGAUUUAAGAGCUAAAUAAGUACUAAGUUGAGAAACCUAAAUAUCUUUCAGAAGAGCUGAAUAUAUUCGUUAACUUUAUGCAAACCCUAUACUGUUUCUUCGUGUAGAGCUGUUGUUUAUGAAUUCUUCAAAGGGGAACAUGAAUUGCUUCUGAAAUGGUGCCUGUUUGCAUGAAGCGCAGCUAGAACAGACAUAAUCGGGCUUCAGGGGGAAAACCAACAACAAAAAAACUCCCCGGAACUUAAUAGGUGAAAGCUAGACUCAGUGGUUGGUAUUUAAUAUUAGUUCAAGGCAAUUUGCAUUCCAAAAGCAGUGUUUAUUUUCCCUUGAGACAAAAUAAGACCUUUCCAGAUACCCCAUCUUCUCUUGGUAAACAGUGUCGGAAGUGUUUAAUGAAGGGUUACCUGGAGUUUUGACUUGAAAAGUUCCCCCAGUAUGCAGUUGCCCUUUCUCAUUCAGCCCCUUUACAUUGUUGUAUGUUCCUAUCUAAUUGUAUCAGAUGAGGUCAGCUUGGCCCUUGAUGGAGAUCGGAGAUGUCCAAAUGCACUUAUCCUGUGAAUAUCAAUGCUCGGGUACACAUGUAUAUAAUAUACAUGCUUGUUUUCUAUAAUUUACACGUAUGUGUAUUAUCCAAAUAAAGUUGUAUAUAAUGUAAAGUUUAUGUUAAAAUUUAAAAGAUGAUAAGGAUAUGAACACAUGGAAAACCCAUUCUGGUUAUUGAUGGGAUGAUACUUCUGUGAAGAGGGCACUAUUUUUUUUUUUUUAAUAAUCUCAGUUCUAGG